UUUUAAACCUAACCUCAAUUUUAUUUCAUUAGUUUUUAACCGUAUUUCAAUUAAAUGCGAACAUUUUUAAUAAAUUUGGUGGAAUUUUACUACGUAAACGUUAACAGCUUUAAUUUUUAUACUUUGAGACUUUUACCUAACUUUUCAUUGCGUUUAUCUAAGAAUAAAAUGUCUUCAAAUACCGACAUAAUACAAUCCUUAAAUACUCGAUUAAGCAAAGCUGAAAGUGAUGUUAAGCGAUUAAUGAAAGAAAUUGCUUCAAUAAAGGGGAGUAUGCUUCAACUUGUAAAUGAAAAUCCUACAUCUAUGCAUGUUAAAAGGGAAUUUUCAACUGAUGCAACAAAUAAUUUUGAUGAUGUGUUAGAUACUCAACCUUCAAAGCGUUUUAAACAAUCCCCCACACAAAGUGAUUUUACAUAUAAGUCUGAUCAUGUUGUUGUUUAUACUGAUGGAGCUUGUGAGAAUAAUGGGAAAAAGAAUGCUAAAGCAGGAAUUGGAGUUUGGUUUGGAAACAACCAUGCUUUAAACUAUUCAGCUCCUGUCAUUGGAAAAGCCACUAAUAAUGUAGCAGAAAUCCAGGCUUGUAUUAAAGCUAUAGACAUUGUUUAUGAGUUAGGAAAUAAGAAAUUAUUAAUAAAAACCGACUCUCAAUUUGUUAUAAACGCGAUGACGUCUUGGAUAGUGAAAUGGAAGAAAAAUAAUUGGACCCUAUCGACUGGUGGUGAGGUUAAAAAUAAAGAGGAAUUUAUAAAAUUGGACCAAUGUUGUAAUAAAAUGGAUUCAAUUAAAUGGGAAUAUGUUGCUGGUCACAAAGGAAUUGAAGGAAAUGAGGGAGCUGAUCAGUUAGCUCGAAAAGGGGCUUUAAAUUAUAGAUAGUUUUAGUAAGAGUAAGAUUAUUAAUAAAUUCCACUUAUUUAUUUUUGAAAUGUUUA